AAGCAGUGAUGACAAUAACCACAGGCGAGUUAACUUGUGAAAUGCUGUGUUAACAACAGAAGCAGUAGCAGCACGUUUGUAGCAAGACGUAAAGUGAGAUACUCGCCUCCUCUCUACAACCUGCCCUUCCUGAAAAAUGACAGGUAUAAAGACUGAUGAGGCCUCCGGUGAUGGCUUUCUUUACCGUCAACACUGCAGACACUGAAACUGAGGGGAUUUACGGGAUGACAGCCAUGCUGCCUCAUCCAUCACUAUCCAUCUCCAUAGCAGUUGCGAUAGCGGCUUCGGACUACAGCAGAGAGCCCCUGAUACACCCUGAUCUGAGCCAAGGGCGAGCUCGUGGCAGCUAUUAAUACAGUGUGUCGACAGGUCUAAUCACAAUCAGAGCCUUGCCAUUCCUUUCAUGCUGUGCGGAGGACAAGGGACAGGACCGUCAUGGGAUGAGAGAUGAUUGCUGGUCGAUGAAGAGCAGUGGUCAAGAUAUUAAAGACUCGCUGAGGCCCUCGCCCAAGGCCUGUAUCAGUCACCACAGACGCACCCUGCCGACAGGGCCCCCUGUUAAAAGUCCCAGGAUCUGGCACUAAAAAGGGAAAAUGAAGAAUAUAACGGCAGGAGCAACAGAAGGGAUAGCUCUGACAUGCGGCAUGUCUGGGAGCCAUGAAUUCAUCUUCACCCUGGUACCCAUCGUCUACAGCUGUAACUUUGUCAUCGGCAUUAUCGGAAACAGUAUGGUGGUGGCUGUCAUCUACUGCUACAUGAAGCUCAAGACAGUGGCCAACAUUUUUGUGCUGAAUCUCGCCGUUUCUGACCUCACCUUCCUCAUCACUCUACCCAUGUGGGCCACCUUCACCGCCACAGGCUAUCACUGGCCCUUUGGAGGAUUCCUGUGCAAGGCCAGUGCAGGGCUGGUCAUUUUUAAUCUCUACACCAGCAUCUUCUUCCUCACAGCACUCAGCAUUGACCGUUACUUGGCCAUCGUGCACCCAGUGCGAUCACGCAGGUUCCGCACUGUGGCGUAUGCACGCAUCACCUGUGUAGUGAUCUGGUUUUUUGCUUUCCUGCUUAGUGUGCCCACAGCAUUGACCAGAGAUGUCCACAACAUCACAAAUUUAAAUACUACAGUGUGUGCCAUUCUGCACCCGAACAUUGAGAAUGCCGUGAGGUUGAAAGAGCUCCUGCUGGCCAUCAACCUGAUGAAAAGCCUGCUGGGCUUCCUGGUGCCCUUCAUCAUCAUCAUCACCUGUUACUGCCUCAUUGGUCGGGCUCUGGUGGGAGCGAGACAUAUUCAGAAAAGCUCCCGUUCAAGGGAUGAUGAGGUGUUGCGCAUGCUUGCAGCAGCUGUCCUGGCCUUCUUCCUGUGCUGGGUGCCCCAUCAGGUGUUCCACUUUAUGCAGGUGCUCACCCAGCUGAUACCAGUGAAGGAGAACUGUGCCAUCUUGGAAAUAAUUGACACUGCCAUGCCCUUCACCAUCUGCAUUGCCUACUUCAACAGUUGUGUUAACCCUAUUGUGUACGGCUUUGUAGGGCACAAUUUUCGCAAAAACUUACUGCGCUUGUUGCGUUGCUCACCAGGUGGAGCUCCCGGGCCUCACCCGAGCAUCAGCUCCAAAAUGAGCUCCUUCUCCUUCCGUGCCUCCGAAGCACUGAGCCUUACAGCCAAAAGUAAGGCCUCUUCUGACAGUAAGUGAGAAAAAAGAAAGAGGGUACAAUUUCACACUCCCCACGUUUUUGGUUUGUGGUUAAGGGGCCAAGGAAGGAGACAUUCCAUGCUUUUAAAACCCCAACUGUAUUACCAAGCACUGAACCAUGCAGAUUGGUUGUAAUGUUGUUUUCAUGUUCCUCUAUAAAUGAGUCCAAGAGAUAUUUACUACCUAUGUACAAUCUGCAGAAUAAUUAUUCAUAAAUCAUCAAGUCAUGCUUGUCACAUCCAUGCUGGCAAAUGUUUGUCUCUAAGCCCAUGAAAUGAAUGUCAGUGUCACUAUAUAUAAAAAAUCCAGAUAAUAUUGGAGUGUUGGCCUGCUAGAAGAGACUAUACAUAAUUAAAGAUCGCUUAUCCCAUUAUUUAUAUAAGAUAUGCUUGCACUGCAGGAUUUUGUUGCCAUUGUGCCUUAAGGAUACAGUGCAGUAAUAUAUUGUCCAGUGAUAAUCAUUUUGUGUGCUCAGCAGGUCUUUCACCAGUUGGGACAGUUAUCAAAUACUCAGUAAAGAUGCCAAAGCUAAAAAAAAAAAAAAAAAAAAAUCAUACGCCUCCCAUUCAUGCUCUGCCAGCAGCUAUGCAUGAAACAAUUGGAAAUGUGUAGCAAAAAUGUGAUGUAAAUUUAUAGCAGCUAAUAACAUAAUUGACUGUUAACUAGUGCCAGUAUGCUAUGUAUGGUAUUGUCAAAUUAUGUGCUCCUUGUGAAAAUGUAUAAUAAGUGUUUGAAUAAUGAGAUGGAAAUGCUGAGAUGUUUCAAAGUCUGGGAGAAACAUGCUGUAUAAAUAAGAGUUCAACACAAACGCUCCAGGUGGGGUGAUUAUUGUCAAUAACUGUGGUGGUUGUCUUUGUGGUAUUUAAACAUGUUGAUAGAUUUUUUUUUCUACUCUCUAAGUGUACAGUUUGUGAAUAUAUGAAAAUAUGAAUAAAAUGGAGG